AUGGAUACGAAAUACAGUGAAAUUGACCUAGUGUCGUUGAUCACGGCACAGACAUCCCGCAGAUCCUACAGAGACUAUAUUAGCUACGGCAUUUUGACCCUUUCGGCCGAUAAGGACAUGAUGCUUGCCAGAGAGUCUGGUCCAAUGCAACCACAAGCAAGAAUCAUCUCUCAUCAACUGGGCUCUACUCUACAAUCAACCUCUCUGGCUUCUAGAACGACACUGUUGAUGACGUCUUCUUUCCGCCUGUACCCGUCUCCACUGUCUGUGGUCCACUCGAACCCCCUUUUCGGCAGAUUACUCUCAUGUCUAGCUCAACGCGCCAAGGCAGUCCAUCACGACAUACUAUUCCCAAUCUCCUGUCGUCAAGGUCUGGCGUCUCGCUGUAAUCUCGCCGCCGAUCAUGUCACGAGCCUUGUCAUGUAUCGUUACGAUAUGUCCAAGACACCCUCGGCUCCACCUCCAUACUGCAGUCAUCACCCCUGCGACUUGGUCUUCAACGCACCCCAGGUUCCUUCUGGGAAAGACAUCCUCGAGUCAGCUUCCCAAUUCAGCGUGCCAUUUCACAAAAAGCGAACCGCUUCCUAG